GAAGCUUUGUAGUCUGAGACACGAUUUGACCUGUACAUUUUCCAAUCUUCCUGGUACCAGUCACAACAUUACUUGACUGCUAUAGUGAACUGAGUAGCUUAUAAGGCUUCAUGGGUUACAAGACAUAAACUACAUACCUAGAAUGAAAUGGCGAGCACUAUCAACCAAGGUCAGUUUUUGAUUACUUGCGGGCUUUGUGAUAAUUCCACACAGCAAUACUGCAACAGCUGUCAAAUCAAUCUAUGUGUAGAUUGUGUAAGUGUGCACGUGGAGAAACUGAAGACGACAAAGCAUGAUAUUGUCCCAUACCAGGACAGAGAUAUCAAAUUUACUUUCCGCCUUUGUGCAAAGCAUUCAGAUCAAAGAUGUGAAGCUCAAUGCCAACAAUGUGAUGUACAAGUCUGUAUGAAAUGUAUUAUCAGCACUCAUAAAGGACACGCUAUUGGCGAAAUACCCAAUAUUUUCAAUAUCCAGAGAUUGGGAAUAGAAAAAGAUACAUCAGAAUUAGAAAAGGUCCUCAUACCAAAGUACAAACAAAACGAAAAAGAUGUCGAUGCUAAGAUCCUAAAGGUAACGCAAGCACACGAAGAAAUGGAAAAUGAAGGUGAAAAGCAAAGGCGAUUCUGGCAACAAGAAGUAAAUUGUAUUUUCGAUAUCAUUAGAUCUAAUAUCAGGUCUUCAAAGGAGGAUCAAACAACAUCUCUGAAGGCACAUCAAGGUAAACUAAGAGAUGAAGUACUCAAGAUGACUAGAACACUUCAGCACAACAAAGAAAUUCUGCUGUCAAACAAAGUGCUUGACGUUACCAAUUACAAAUCCCAAAUAAAUGAGUAUAGAGAUAUGCCUAAAGGUGACGACGUGGAUAUUCCAGCAUUGAAAACGAACGUUCUUCUUGACCAGGAAAUUAGGGUAGCUUUCGGAGAUUUUGAAGCUGCAUUGACACAGGUCAGGACGUCAGGUUUAAGCACAACUUUCCCUCAUUUGCCCAUGAAGGUCUUACUCAAUCCGGUAUCGAUAUUGGCCAUUGUUGCAACGGGUGUAAAACCGCUUUUCAGAAUUGCCAUUGCUGGUACAAAUGAAAUUUGGGUCAGUGGAGUUCGGGACAAAACGAUAAGACGCUACAAUAUAAAAGGGAUAGAAAUCGACACCGUUAUCACAUCAUGCCCUCGGCAACCUGAUGAUAUAUCGGUAACGAGGAAUGGGGACCUCAUUUUUACCGAUUGUUACAACAGAGCUGUGAAGGUGGUGAAAAAUGGAAAGAUUACUACAUUAUUCAGUACCCCCUGGAGAUGGCAUCCCCGGGGAAUCUGCUGUACAAAAUCGGGGGGAUUCCUCGUGAGUGUCCUACACGCUGACAUGAAACGUCGCAAAAUUCUACGUUAUCAAGAGAAUACGUUGAAACAAGAAAUAGAAAAGGAUGACCAGGGCAACCCAAUUCUUGUUGAAGGCAACUUGAUGGUAUUCCUGGCAGAAAGCAAUAAUGGAGACAUUUGUUGCAGUGACCCUAACGCCCGAGCCAUGCUCGUGAUGGACAGGUACGGCCACGUCCGAAUUCGGUAUGAUGUUCAGAUAGUAUCGAGAAAAAACCCAUUUGACCCCGCUUUCAUAGUGAUUGACUCUGCCAAUCAUAUCAUUGUAGCUGAUAGCAACAAUGAAUGUGUACACAUCUUAAAUCAGGACGGGAAGUUCCUGGUUUGUGUGGACAAUAUCGGGUCAAUGCCUGGUGCGCUGGGUUUGAACACCCAAGAAAGAUUGUGGGUUGGUCUGCGUGACGAAGGCCAGGUGAAAGUCAUCCAGUAUUUAAAGUAGAUAAAAAGGUAUGAAUUCUCAGAAAUGGAAUAUAAGAUGCAGGUUUUGUGAAUCAGCCCCUGGCUGAGAACUUGCAAUGAAAUUUACACCAAUAGCAGGUGAUCACUAAAACAUAAUAAAAUCCUACAUCGAUACAAUGUAUCCCUUUUGUCGGUUUUAUUUUCUGCAAAUUCGCCCCAGCACAUUGGACCUAUUGUUUGCAACUGUGUAUAAUCUUGGUGCACCUUUGCAGCUAUGAUAAAUGAUAGUAAUUUUUCAAGAUCUAGAUAUUUAGCUACUUAAAUGUUUUUUAAUGCCACCUGUGACAUAUUUGCAGUGUAAGUGUAUUUAUGAAAGAAAUUAAAACGUUUUAUCCUA